AUGCUCUACCCAUGCCGCAAUUCACGGCCACGGCUGUCAAUCACCGGGUCACGGCCGGUGAUUACUUGCUGGUGCCCAGUGAUUGCCAAGCAUCUCCGAUGGGGGAGAGAACUGUUUGUAAACAAAACAGUUCUCCCCCCUGACAGAUCCUGCACACUGCUUUGCAUGGCUCAAUCAGCGGUGUUCCCUGCAGCACACACCCCCGCCCCCUAGUAAAACACUCCCCUCACACAGUUAACCCUUUCCCUGAAAAAUAAACUUAACCCCUUCCUCCCCAGUGCCAUUAGUACAGUGUCAGUGUUUUGUUUUUUUUUUUGCACUGAUCACUGUAUUGGUGUCACUGGGGAUGUCAGUGACCCCAAGUCAGUUCCCCCCCAAUGUCAGAAUGUCCGCCGCAGUCCCGCCAUAAGUCGCU